AUGGGUCUAUUCAAAACAUCGGAUUUCGUCGCAGAGUGCGAGAAGAGUGCCAAAACUCUCCAAGCCUUUCUUGACAAGGGAAAGAUACCCUCAGAUGUCAUCAGAAAUGCCAAAGGCCUCGCAAUCUUUACCGGGUUUCGAGCAGGCAUGUACUUUGCCGGCGCAGGUGGAUCAGGCGUUGUCAUGGCCCGAUUACCAGACGGAACGUGGUCUUCUCCAUCAGCAUUCUCCGUUCGCAGUGGCAGUGUUGGUCUUGUCUACGGCAUCGAUGUCUAUGAUUGCAUCUGCGUUCUCAACACUGCCGAGGCCGUUGAUGCGUACAGGAAGUCCGAGGUCAAUCUUGGCGGCGCAGUUGCACUGGCUGCAGGUCCUCUGGGUGGCAAUGUUAAUGUUGGCGAAGUGAAGCCUGUCUGGACAUAUACCAAGUCACGAGGUGUUUAUGGUGGUCUGACUGUUGAUGGAACUGUUAUCAAAGAAAAAAGAGACGUCAACGCCGAGUUUUAUGGACGUGAGGUCUCAUCAGCUCAAAUUCUUGAUGGUCAGAUCGAAACCGGGUGGUCUCAAAAUAUUCAAGAGCUUCUUGAAGUUGUCAAAGCUGUCGAAGGGAAGGAUGCUGAAUAA